AUGAAGUUCAGCAUUGUCGCCUGUCUUUCGGCCCUCGCAGCCCCCGGCCUCUCUGCCAACAUUGGCGUCAGCAAGCUCCAUAAUUUCACCCCUGCCACCAGCUCAUUGAAAGUCCCUGGCGAGUCGCCCGCCGAGUUCUGCAAUGCGGAUCGCGACGGAGAUCUUGUCCAGGUCCAACUUCUCAGCACAGACCCCAAUCCCGUGAAGCCUGGCAAGCAGGUGUCGAUCACAGCUACCCUAGACGUCAAGCAGCCGGUCACGGAUGGCUCCUACGUCAAGGUGGUCAUCAAGUACGGCCUCAUCCAGCUACUUUCUACGACGGCCGAUCUCUGUGAACAGAUUUCGACUGCGGGUAUCAAGUGCCCCGUCGAGGCUGGCAAGCAUCAGAUAUCUUUCCAAGCCGACAUGCCUGGGACCAUCCCACCGGGUGCAUACAACGUGCUGGCGGACGCCUAUGCAGACGACGACGAGCACCUCACCUGCCUGAAGGCUACGGUUAAUUUCCCUCGCCCGGGUGCACUUGGCCUCGAGCUGUGA